UGACAAUAUGGUUGCACAACGAUCUCUUGGCCUCACUACUCGUGGGGACCUAGUAGCCGCAUGUGCCAUUGCCAGUGUUAGUAUAGCAGGUCUUUUUGUCAUCCUACGCUUCAUCACGCGGACUCGAAUGCUCAAUAUUCUAGGGUAUGAUGAUUGGUGCAUUUUCGUGUCUCUAAUAUUCUCCAUCGCAAAUACCACUGGGAUGGUCAUCCAGGCUGAGAACGGACUUGGUCAACAUAUUUUUCUACUUCCCCCUCAGCAAUUAACUGUCUUUCUAAAGGCUGUCUAUAUUACAAUCCCACUGUACAACGUCAGUCUUACGUUCGCCAAAAUCUCUGUCCUUUUCCAGUACUUGAGGAUCUUUACCACACGUAAUGUUAAACGGAUUUGCUAUGUUCAACUAGUCAUAGUCAUCGUUUAUGGCCUCUGGGCGACUUUAUCUGCAAUAUUCUUCUGCAUCCCAAUCGCCUCAUUCUGGGAUGUGAACGUCAAAGGAAAGUGCCUACCGAAUGGGCUGAUUUGGUUUACCAAUGCUGGAAUCAAUAUUGCAACUGAUAUUAUGAUUGUAAUAAUCCCAGCGCCCUUGAUAAAACGGCUUCAACUCUCUGCAAGGCAAAAGAUAGGUCUGUAUCUGGUUUUCAUGGUUGGAUUAUUUAUAUGCAUUGUCUCAAUCCUACGACUUCACAGCCUGUAUCUCGCCACCAUAACUACGGAUCCAUCAUGGGAAAACGUUGGCGUCGCAAACUGGUCUUCUGUGGAGCUCAACACUGCUAUUUCUUGCGCCUGUUUACCAACCUUGAGGCCUUUGAUUGUAAGAUUCCUCCCGUCUCUCAUCCCAAGUAGCCAUGGUCGAGCUAGCUACUACCCACCCGGUAGCGGUAUCAAUGCAAAUCGGAGUGGUGGCAAAUCAUUCGCUGCAUCAGGGUUGAGACGCACAACAAAGCGAAAGAGUGUCCCGGAUUCCGCAAGCGAAACCGCCAUUGUCAAUUCCGUAGAUGACUUCCCAUUAACUGAUAUCGAGGUUUCAAAUACACAUCCGCACAAGGGCGGCUUAAAUGAUUUGGAGGUUCGUGUCUCAAUAGUUUAG